UGAAAGCCGCGUCAUUGUAUUAUAAAUAAUAAAUGUUUUUAAUAUUUUUCUAUGGAAUUAAAUAAAUUUGCUAGUCAAAUAAGUUAAGGUUUAAGUAUACUACGCAAUGGAUUUGCACAAACCGGUGAAUAUUGCGAAUAAGUCGGUCGAGGAAUUAACACCUGAGGAAAAAUGGAGGCUAGAGCAUCAGAAAUUACACGAGCAACACAAAGGCCACGAAAAAAUGCACGCGGAGAUGGUCCUUAUCCUAAUUCUAACACUAGUAGUAGCGCAAGUAGUUUUAAUUGAAUGGAAAAAACGGCAUUCCCGCUCGUAUCUUUUAGUAACGCUCCUCGGAAUGUGGAUAAUUCCCUUAAUUCUCUGCCUGCACAAUAGGUGGUGGCGUUUCAUCUUCAUUUGGCUGCUCUUUUCCUGUGUCACGAGUCUAAUCGUGUGGAAAGCGAUGCAAAAACCCAUCACGGGGACCACCCCACGACUAGUCUAUAAGUGGUUUCUUUUUAUCUAUAAGCUAAGCUACGUUCUGGGUAUCUUGGGCUACUUUAUCAUGAUGGCGACUUUUUUCGGUCUCAAUCUAGUUUUUAACGCCAAAGCCAACUCUUGGAUGGAUUGCGCUUUGCUGUUAAUUUUCUACGGCUUGUACUACGGCGUUUUGGGGCGCGACAUUUCCGAAAUAUGCGCCGAUAAAAUGGCUUCGCAUGUUGGGUAUUACACUAAUCAAGGCAUGCCGACGCGAAAUUUAGACCCCUCGGUGUGUGCCGUUUGCGGAAAUAAAUUACUAGUCAGCGAGAAUGAAGAGGGGGUCAUUGAAAACACCUACAAACUGACCUGUGACCACGUGUUUCAUGAAUUUUGCAUACGGGGGUGGUGCAUCGUAGGCAAGAAACAGACGUGUCCUUACUGCAAGGAAAAAGUUGACUUGAAAAAAAUGUUCUGCAACCCAUGGGAGAAACCACACGUGCUUUAUGGGCAGCUGCUGGACUGGAUUAGGUGGCUGGUGGCGUGGCAACCCAUGAUCCUUUUCCUGGUGCAGGGGAUUAACUGGGUCCUGGGGCUAGAAUAAGGGUUUAAGCAAUUAAACAUUGUUUUAAAAGCAAAA